AUGCAAUUAAAAUCUUUAUUUACUUUGGCUCUUGCCAUUGGUACAGCAACUGUCAAUGCUAAAGUUCAAUCCGGUUGUUCCUUUUCAACCACUACAAUUACUGAUCCAGCAGAUAUUGCUACUUUAAAUGCUUGUCCAACUAUUGAUGGUUCUAUUGAAAUCACUGGUGAUGAAAUUACUGCACUUUUAUUACCUUCAGUUCAAGAAAUUGAUGGUAAUAUUAAUAUUUUUAAUUCUUCAUCUAUUGUAACUGUUAGUUUUAAUGGUUUAACUUCAGUUAAUGGUACUUUAGCUAUUCAAGCUUUAACUGCUUUAAACAGUAUUGAUUUUACAUCUUUACAAGUAGUUAAUGAAUUAGAUUUAGUAUCUUUACCUUCAUUAGCUGGUUUAACUAUUGUUGAAGGUAUUCAAAAGGCAAAUUCAAUUCAAUUAUCUGAUACUGCUUUAUCAGUUUUACCAUUCACAACUUUUAAUACUGUUGGUGUAUUAAAUAUUAAUAAUAAUAAAAAUAUUUCUUCUAUUAAUUUACCAUUAGAAACUGUCACUGAUACUUUAUUAUUAUCUUUUAAUAAUGAUCAUGCUGAAAUUGUUUUAGAUGAUUUAAUUUGGGCAUCUAAUUUAACUAUUCAAGAUGUAUCAAGUGUUUCUCUUAAAAAUUUAACUGCUGUUAAUGGUUCUUUAAUUCUUGGUUAUAAUACUUUUACUCAAGUUGCUGCUGAUAAUUUAGAAACUGUUGGUGUUAAUGUUGAAAUUUUUGCUAAUGAUGAUUUAACUAAAAUUUCAUUAUCAAACUUAACUACUAUUGGUGGUGAAUUAAGAUUAUUCAAUAAUACUCUUUUAGAAAAUGUUGGUAACUCAUCUUUUGAAUCUUUAAGUAAAAUUAAAGGUACUUUAAAUGCUGAAGGUAAUUUUGAAAACUUUACUUUACCUGCAUUAAGUCAAGUUGCUGGUGAUUUCAAUUUAAUUUCAACUAAUGAUGAUUUUGAUUGUGAUGACUUUGAUGCUUUACAUUCUGCUUCUAAGAUUCAAGGUCACAAUUAUACUUGUGCAUCUCCAUCAUCAUCUUCUUCAGAAUCUGGAUCUUCUUCAAAGACUGCUUCAGGUUCUGAAUCUUCUUCAGGUUCCUCAUCAUCAUCUUCCCCAUCUUCAUCCUCAUCUUCUUCUAAGAAGUCUGAAGCCCAAAGCAAUUUAGUAAGUGUUUCAAUGGUAUUUAUGACUUUAAUAGGUACUGUCUUUACUAUGCUUCUUUAA